AUGAAGUGGAUUGUCCUCUCCCUUACCGCAGUCGCGUCCGCGUUCCAGAGCUUGCCCCCGGUGCAUUUUGAUAACGCUGACUCAGGUCACCACAAAGGCUUUUCUAUAGCAACAAGCGACCGGAUAAUCUACCUAAAUGCUGAUUUCGCUAGCUGGAAGGAUCAGAAUGGAUUGACGCUGCUUCCACCGUCGGCAUCCGACUUCGCCAAUACGUUUCGCGACGACUUGCAGGAGCUGACGAACAGUUCCUGGGAGGUUCGCACGGUCAAACAAUUUCCCAAACACGCAUCGGGGAUCUUUCUCGGUCGUACAGACUACCCCGACCGGUUUACCUACGAGAAUGGACGCGAGACCGAGGAGGGAUACGAGUUGGAGAUCCAGGAUGGGAGCGUCUUUAUUCGAGGCUCCGGCGCGCGAGGUAUGUGGUGGGGGACACGAACGCUCCUCCAACAGCUCGCUCUGACGCGUUCAUCCCUACGACCCGGUCGCGUCGAAGAUGCACCCGCCUAUGCGACUCGUGGAUUUCUGCUAGAUGCUGGUCGCAAAUGGUAUUCGCUGGAGUUUUUGAAAGAUCUGUGCACGUAUGCCUCCUUCUUCAAAAUGUCCGAGUUUCAGUACCAUGCAACCGAUAAUUACCCAUUGAGUCGCGGCCAUAACGAGACUUGGAACGAGGUCUACUCGCAGUUUUCUUUGCACCCUGAAAGCGAGGCUCUUCACCCUCUUGUCCAACGUGCCAACGAAACGCUGUCCCGAGCUGAGUUUGAUGACUUCCAACACCACUGUGCUCAACGCGGGGUUACUGUGAUACCGGAGAUUGAAAGCCCCGGGCACUGUCUCACUGUGACGAAAUGGAGACCUGAGCUCGCAUUGGACUCGAAAGAUCUGCUCAAUCUUUCCCAUCCAGACACUAUGCCUUUGAUGAAGUCCAUCUGGGCCGAGUUCCUCCCUUGGUUCCAUACAAAGGAGGUGCACAUCGGCGCUGAUGAGUAUGAUGCUGAUUUUGCGGAUGACUAUGUUGAGUUCGUGAACGAGAUGUCCCGCUUCGUGCAAGAAACAUCUGGAAAGGCCGUCCGUAUUUGGGGCACAUACGAGCCAUCCGACAUUACGAUCGAUAAGAAUGUGACCAUUCAACACUGGCAGUAUGGACAAUCAGACCCAGUUUAUCUAGCCCGCAACGGCUACCAGGUCAUCAACUCGGAGGAUUGGUGGGCAUAUAUGUCGCUGAAAAGCAACCAUGUGCCUAUCACCCCAGCCCCCUAUCCUCAGUUCUUCAACAAUGACCGCGUCCUAAACUUCGCCGAUCAGGAUGGAUGGCAGUGGACGCCGGAGCUCUUCAAUCCGGUAAACACCACUGAACAACCAGAUGCAAAGGCUGUACCAGGUGCUCUCUUGGCUGCCUGGAAUGACAGUGGUCCGGACGCCACUACUCAACUGGAAGCCUACUAUGCAAUUCGUGAUGGCAUCCCGGUAGUGGCUUCACGGGCGUGGUCUGGUGCGCGUGGACCUCGCUUGCGCGAACAAACUUUGGCCAAAUCUAUCGCAAAAUUGUCCUCUCAAGCUGUGGGGCAGAAUCUCGACCGACGCCUCCCAGGAGAAAGGAGCCAUAAACCAGGACCUUUGCUUUUAUGGACAAGGCCAAGUACAGAGUCCAACCAGGACGAGCAUAAUCUGGGCCAUGGAAGCAAGGGCAUGGAUUACACCCUCCAACUAGACGUGACGGGUCCUUUUUCUCUGCAAUGUGCUGAUGCGACACUCACCUUGUCAUCAGACGGUAAAUUGACAUUUGUUUCUGAUGGAUGGCCAUACCCACUUCGAUCCGUUGCUGAAGCUGACGGCUUUGGCCGAGAUCAGCCUGGUCGAAUUUGGGCUAACAAGACCACCUCAAGCCACGAGGUUGUGACGAUCCCACUCAAGUCACAGGUCGUUAUCUCCACAAACGAGAUAUAUGGAAGUCGCGUCUGGGUAGAUGGUGCCUUUGUUGGCCGCUUUGAGGUCUUUAUCUAUGGCGGGAAGAAUACGGUUUUCUCGUGGAGUCAGAUGGCUUUUGUGGCACCGUUGGAUGUUUUAAAAGGCUUGGGCUUGCAACAUUUGGCUGUUUUCCAGGGCAGUAGGGAUGGUUGA